AUGGCAGCGAUUGACAGUUAUGCGAGAGGCGCUUUAGUGGAGGAAUGGGCGGCUAGUGCAAAUUUACAAAUUGUAAAUACUGGUGGGGUGGUGACGUUCGAGCGAGCACGAGGGGAAUCAGUGAUCGAUUUAUCUUGGUGUUCGUCGGCAAUUUUUCUCAAAAUUAAGAACUGGAAAGUGGAGGAAGAGACGGAGACUUUAUCGGAUCAUCGGUUAAUAUCGUUUACGGUGGAGCUACGAAAUAAACAGUUGGAGCGUUCGCGAGUGAAUAAAGCUAAACUAAUGCCCCGAUGGCAGUAUAAGACAUUGAAUUUGGAAGAGUUAGAGGAGAGUGUAUUGCGAGAAACGUGGGGACAAAGCGCAGAGUUUGUUUCGGCGGAGGAGGGAAGCGAAAUGGUUCGUCGGAUACUUACGCGGAUAAACGAUGGAGCGACGCGACGGGUGCGGCAGGAUGUCCAGCGGCGUCCUGUGUACUGGUGGUGUCCGGAGGUAAACCUGCAAAGAAAAAAGUGUAUUAGUGUACGGAGAAAAUACCUACGAAUAAAAAAGAAAAAGGAACGCGUGAUGGUGGUGGUGUACGAAGAAGCGCUGCGUUGCUAUCGGGAAGAGAGACGAGCCCUAAAUAAGGAAAUUGUGAGAGCGAAAAUGCGUGCGUGGGAUGAGCUCUUAGAGACAUUGGAAAAGGAUCCGUGGGGCCGCCUAUAUUUAAUUGUUCUGAAGAAACUAACGAAUGCGCGAAAUGCUUGUGAAUCGUUACCUGUAAAUAAUGUACAAAGAAUUUUAGAAGUGUUAUUCCCUCGUGAUAUGACUGUUAAUUUAUUCGAGCGUGAACGUCCUAAUUUAUUAAGUAGUAAGCGUCUUAAUUUAUGGAAUCUAUUGCGAGAAGAGGACAUGGCGAAUGAGCCGCGUUUAGUUGAUGAAGAGGAAUUGGCAUUGUUAACUAGAGAAAUGAUGAAGAAAGGGAAUCCGGCGCCCGGACUAGACGGAAUACGAAACAUGACAUUGAAUAUGGUAACAAAAACAUCACCGGAAUGGUUAUUGAAUAUUUUUAAUGCAUGUAUACGCGAGGGAGUGAUACCGAAAAUAUGA